AUGCCAAAUCACAACGGACCACCUGUCGCUUCAAUCUCAUUAACAGCAAGGAAGGGAGAGCAUCAAUAUGCAAUCCUGCGGAUACUGAGCGACACGAAUGCCGUUACAGAGACAAAAUCAAUACAAGAUGUAGUCCUAUGCACAUACUCAAUUCCGUUCCAUAUCUCUAUACCAGAGUUUCUUGAAUUUGUUGCACCUAUAGACUCAUUUGUAUGUCACUAUAGAGUAUUUCGUGAUACAUCUUCAGAGACUUAUUCCGUCUUGCUGAAAUUUCGAGAUCCUUAUUCUGCCAACAGUUAUUACAAACAGUACAAUGACCGUCUGUUCAGUUCGAUGGAGCCCGAGAAAUGUCAAGUGGUCUAUGUCGAAUCAAUUGAGUUCAAUGCUGAUACAAUACCACCUUCCACAAUUCCAUUUACGCAGCAAGUAGAUUUUGAGCAAGAAGAUUCAUUAUCAACAUGUCCUGUCUGCUUGGAGCCAAUGGACGAGAAAUCAACGGGAUUAUUGACGAUUUUAUGCCAACACACCUUCCAUUGCCAUUGUCUAUCUAAGUGGGGAGACGGCAGCUGCCCGGUUUGUCGAUAUUCGCAAAAGCCUCAUAGAUCAAUAGAGAUGGAAUCCGAUCGAACUACAAGUCAGACACUGCCCAUGAGGGAAUCCAACGACGAGAAUGAAUGUGCAACAUGCCAUGCAACUGAACAUUUGUGGGUUUGCCUGAUCUGCGGCAAUGUGGGCUGUGGGAGAUACGAAAAUGCACAUGCUUAUGAGCAUUAUCGUCAGACGGAUCAUCUCUACUCGCUUGAGAUUGAAACGCAACGUGUAUGGGACUAUGCAGGCGAUGGAUAUGUGCAUAGAUUGAUACAGAAUGCAGUGGAUGGAAAGCUAGUCGAGUUACCGAGCACAACCGAGGAUUCAAAUAUGAAUACAUCACAGGAGAAACUAGAAGCCAUCUCGCUGGAAUACAACUACUUGCUCACAUCACAACUGGAUUCUCAACAAAUAUACUAUGAAAGCCAAAUGGAACAAGUGGCAGUGCAGUUAUCAGAUAUGCGAUCAAAGACCAGAUCCCUGCUGGCUGAGGCAGAUCAGAUACAAGCCGAGAACAAACGUCUGGAAGCAGGAAAUCUAGAGAAAGAAAAGCAAAUUGUGGAAAUUAGCAAAGGAAAAGAGAAAGCAGACAAGAAAUUAGAGUCCUGGAAGGAAAAGUGUGAAACGACCAAAGUUGUUUGGCUUGAAGAGAAAGAGGUGACAAAUUCUCUAUUAGAAAACAACAGCCUGCUGCUCAAAUGCAUGGAGGACAGAGAAAGGGCGAUCAAAGAGCUCAGUGAUCAAGUGCGAGAUCUGAUGUUUUUCCUCGAAGCCAGAGAAAAGGUUCAGGGACAUCCAGAAUUAGAAGGUGGAAGUGUGGAGACCAGAACUCCACAGCCUCGAGUAAAACGAGGAAAGGGUAAGCGUUCAUAG